AUUAGAAUGAUAAAGCUUUUUUACGUUUGAAUAGUCUGACAGGGACACGGUAUCAGGGUAUGCACAAGUGACAAGUAGGCCUAGUAGGGCCUACUGGAUACGAAUAUACCUUGUUGAUUUGGGGUAUAUUGGACUUAUACCAAGGCGAAUAUCAAAAAUGUAAGACUUACUGGGGUAAGCGUCGGGGGCGUGUGUUCUGACCGUGGUAUGAUAAGAGAUAAGGAUGAUUUGAUCCAAGUCGACGCGCUUCACUGUUAGGCCUACAUCAGUUCAGGUAUCUAGAGGACCUGUUGUCAAUACUGAGAAAGGGGGUUGAACUCCCAAGAGGGAAAAUGAAGUUUGAAGAGAUAAUUCCACAUUUGGGUGAAUUUGGAAAGUAUCAGAAGAGCCAGCUAUUUCUGCUGUCUUUGCCAGCAUGGGUGUCUGGGAUGCACGCAUUAGCCAUGACUUUCAUUGCAGCAACGCAAGAUUUCAGGUGCUUUGUCCCAGGCUGGGAUGAUUAUUACAACAAAACUGGUUCCCUCAACUACUCCUUGGUAUAUCCUACUAGUGGAGAUGGACAGUAUGACCGCUGUAAUAUGUAUGCUGUCAACGUGACCAGAGGGGUGUGGUAUACAAUACCAGACAAUACAACUGCCACAGUGCAGUGUGACCAAUGGGUCUAUGACACGUCACGGUACAAGACAUCUGUUUUCUCGCAGUUUGAUAUGGUAUGUGACCGUAAGUAUCUCAACAGCUUGGCACAGUCCAUUUACAUGGCCGGGGUGUUGACUGGUGCAGUUGUAUACGGGCACCUGUCAGACAGAUUUGGCAGAAAGCGCGUCAUGAUUAUAGGCAUGUUGUUACAAAUAUUAGCCGGCAGUCUUCUUGGCUCUGCGCCUGAGUAUGUCACUUUCGUUAUCCUUCGUUUCGUUCUGGGCACCUCACAUUCCGGGGUUACGCUCACUGCAUUUGUUAUCGGGAUGGAGUUUAUUGGUGCGAAGAAUGGUAGAGUUAUAACGGGUAUUGCCAUCAACGCCUUCUUCGCAGUGGGAUUCUGUACCCUUUCUUUUGCUGCAUACUUCAUCCCGUAUUGGACAUGGUUGCAGUUUACUAUUUCCCUACCAGGAUUGCUUUUAUUGAUAUUCAUUUGGGACAGAGUUAUUCCUGGAUCGGCCAGGUGGUUCCUGCAAAACAAUCAAGUUGAAAAGUCAAAGAAGAUAAUUAAAAAAGCUGCAAAGAUAAAUGGUUAUGACCUGCCACAGAAGUUAUUGAACCAGCUUCAGCCUGAUGUGAAACACAAGUCGCAUGUUCUUGCCAUCAUGAAGUUUCCUCGUAUGAGAGUUAGAGGAUUGAUUAUUUUUUUUAAUUGGUUCACUGUGAGUUUGGUGUUUUAUGGCCUAUCUCUAAGCACAUCAGAACUUCCUGGGGGCAAUGAUUACUUGAAUCUGUCUUUGUCUGGAUUGGUGGAGUUUCCUGGAUUCCUGCUUUGUAUUUUGCUAAUGGACCGGAUUGGUCGGCGUGCCUGUCUUUGUAUGAGCAUGAUAUUCUGCGGAGUAGCAUGUAUAACGGCUUCAGUUAUCCCAAAAGACGCUGGUUUGGAUUGGUUAGUAAUCACAUUCACCAUGACCGGGAAAGCUUUCUCUGGCGCAUCAUUCGUACUCGUCUACAACUACUCUGCUGAAGCAUUCCCGACUGUGAUACGAAACGGUGUGGUCGGUGUUAGCUCUAUGUUCGCCAGAGUAGGAGGGGUAUUGGCGCCAUUGGUUAAUUUAAUGGGUGCUUACACCAUCCGUCAGUUUCCACCCAUUGUAUUCGGCGUGACGUCCCUGGUUGCUGGCCUACUGGCUCUUUUGCUGCCUGAAACUAUGGGCUUGCCAAUGCCGGAAACACUAGUUCAAGGAGAAGCAUUUGGAACGCCCGAGUAUAUUGAUAUACUUGGGGUAGAUUCAAAGAAAGAACCUCAAGGCAGUGACGUCUGUCUUGAUCAAGUGACGGCAAGUGUAACACUGAAGGAAGAGAUGAAUGCCUUUGAGAACGACGAUCGGAAUGAUUGUCAACCCGCUACUGCUGUUGAAGCACCUCGUUCUCCCGCACAGACAACAAGGUCUGGGAGUUAAUGAGCUACGUGGUCACGUGGUCCGGU